GAACCUGUGCACGUGUCAUCUGGUGCGUGUUUGUACUUCCUGUAAUUAUUUGUGUUUAAACUGUUGCCGUGGUCCUCCAAACGAUUUUAAAUCAAAACGCAACAUUGAGUUUCUGCUUGGCAACGGAUCAACAACCAACAUCGUCUAUCAAGCUCUCAAGGAAAGAAAAAAAUAAGAAAACACGAUGGAUUUCAGAAGAUUUCUACCUGGACUGAACACCUGGAAUGUGCGCGAGAUCGCCUGUGCUGCGGGGCUGGUCGCUAUGUGUGCGCGUGCAGGAUACCUUGUUUACCGAGUCUGUGGACGUGGUGAGAGAUCCUCCUCCUUCUGUCCUGCAGGUCAUCGAGCCAAAAGUACAGCUGCCACCCACCGAACCUCAUCACGACACUUCAUCUGUCGUUCUGUUUUCGCAGCAUCCCUGUGCUGGUGAGCUGGACAGAGCCUGUGGCGAUGAUCAGUUUUUGUCUACAAACUGCUUCAGCUCCCAGUCUGAGUCAAUGGACGUUAACAAAGACUCCCUUGAGAUGAUCAGUGGUCCAGGGAGUCGGCUCUGCUUAUUUGAGGCCACAGAGACCCACAGCUUUAGUCUCGAGGUCCAUGAGCAGUACCUUCAGCUGCCUCCCGCCGCAUUGCACAGCGACCCUUUAGCCGUCAUUCCGGAGACCUGCACCUACCUUCAUGCUGCCGCAGAUGGUCAGCUGGACACCUGCACUUGGGAGAGCAAAGAUCUUCGGUCUCCCCACGGUGACGCACAGGCCGACUCUGAGGAAUGUGAGGAGACCCCAGAGGAGGUGGAGGUGCCCUUUAUUAGCUGCCAUCUUUCCCAGAGAGGGGUGACUGAGGUCGGCAUGAAGCUGCCUGCUCUCCGCCAGGCGUUUGCAACGCUGCUUGCCAGCAUCCACAAUCAAAACUUCUUCUUUGUGGCUGGGAAAAAGAUCGUGAUGCGACUGGCAGCAGCUAACAACAAGGAGGUACAUCACGUGCAGCUGGCCUACGAGGCUCUGAUCCAAUUCCUGAGGACUCCAUCUAACCAGGAAUCCAUUGCAGCGGAGCUCUCCGGGGCCAACAUCCACAACUACAACUUUGUGGACGUGUUUUACGAGCUGCUCGUCUUCGGAUACGUUAUCAAUGGCUCAGAACCUGAAACAUUUGCGGGAGCAUUUUUGGAGCGACUGAUUGCACUCGUCAACAUGUGGGACGCAGAUGUGUGGGAGCCUGCAGCAGCGCUUUGUUUCGCAGAGGUUAUCGACCAGCUGAAGGAGUUUUUUGACGAUCUGUUUGCUCUGCCCCGGGACCUGUACUCUGACCCAGCAGCUUUAGCCCCUGAAGUUUGUCGGCUUCUCGUGCAGCAUGUCCAGCUGUUGAUGGACACUUUGGAGACGCUUUGAGCUAUGUGUUUCCCUCCCCUUUACACUUUCCCAUUCUCUGCCACCCCUCACUUCAAACACAUCCACACACACACACAGUUUAUUAAUUAUUACAUUGUUUUUUUGUUGGAUGGCAAAAUUACUCACCGUCCACUAACAAACACCUGUACACCUGCUCAUUGAUGUAUUUACCCCAUCAAUCAUGUGGCAGCAGCACGGUACAAACAAA